ACCUGUCAUUAGUGAUUAUUCAAACGUUGCAAUGCUUCUGUUGAGUGUAUAUUCUCUUCUAUUUCGAUCCGGAGGUGUAUUCUUGUCUUACCUUGUGUAUGGCAUUUACCAAGAAAAAAUCACAAAAACCAAGUAUGGUCCUGGAAUGGAGUUAUUUGAUUUUUAUUUCUCUCUCUUACUUUUCCAAUGCAUAAUAAAUUUCAUAUUCUCACGAAUAGCCCUCCGGUUGUGUCCAGAACCAUCAGUUUCUUCGUUGCAGCAUAAGUUUAGCAUUUGUGGCUUUAGUUAUAUUACCGCAAUGUACACAAGUAACACAAGUCUUAAGUAUGUCACUUAUCCUACCCAGGUGAUAGGGAAAUCCAUCAAACCAAUACCUGUAAUGCUGCUGAGUGUUUUGCUUGCUAAGCGGCGUUAUCCUUUGCAGAAAUACAUUUUUGUGACAAUGAUUUCGUUCGGUGUAGCAUUCUUCAUGUUCAGGGGGUAUUCAACAGGAAAUUCUGCAAGCAACUUCGGCUUUGGAGAGUGUCUCUUGAUAUCUUCGUUACUUCUCGAUGGUGUUACUGGCGGAGUCCAAGAAGACCUUAGAAAACAUAAUGUCGGUUCCUACACUUUAAUGAUGCACAUGAACCUUUGGUCUAUCAUAUACUUAGUGCCAGUGACUGUGUUUUCCGGAGAAGUUUCACCGUUUAUGGAAUUUAUCAAACGCCAUCCACACAUUUUCUACGAUAUGAGCAUUUUUGGCUUGACAAGUGCUGUUGGCCAGAUAUUUCUAUUUGGUUUGAUCACAAACUUCAGCCCAUUAACUUGUUCAAUUGUGACUACAACAAGAAAAUUUUUCACAGUUCUCUUCUCAAUUAUUGUCUUUGGUCAUAGUAUGACAACAUGUCAGUGGAUAGGGACGGUAUUAAUAUUUUCUGGUUUAUUACUUGAUCAGAUCUAUGGUAAAACACGUUCUAAGCAGUCGUCCAACAACACAAAUAAUAUCAAUGGGGCAACGAAUUCAGUUAAGAGUCAUAGAGAAUUAGGAAAGAAAAGUGAAUAAUAUGUUGCUUAUGCAAAAAUAUCAAAAUGCCAAAAUGUAUGGCUUCGAUCCAACGAUUACAUAUCUUUGAUGCCGGGAUGGCCGCUGUGGGAUUGUUUUAAAACCUCUUGGCGUAAUGUUUUUGGGACACCGAUUCUGUCACCGAACAUAAUAUAUGAAUCAACGAUCCUAAGUGAGUCACACCGGCGAAAAUAUUACAGCAGUUCUACCUGAAAACGACUGUUUAGCCAUUUGGUGAGAAAGUAACCUCUAAAUUCUCUUAAUAUCUCGUCAUCUCCCGUAGCUUCUUUGAUAACUUUGAAGGUAACAUUUCAGUACCUCGACGUGUAGCUUCCCCACUGAGCAAAUGCUAAGAACUACUGCAUGUCGACUGGAUGAUUGUGAUGACAAUUUCGUUUAUACUAAAAUCUUGAAUAUUUGGCUCUGGUUAGAAUGAGAUUCCUUUCAACUCGUUUUCUGUCUUCUAACUUGCGACUUGGAG